AUGUCUGGGAAAAACCACACCAUAGUGACUCACUUUAUCUUCCUUGGACUAACAGAUUCACCUGAACUUCAAGUUAUACUUUUUGUAGUAUUUUUGAUGAUGUACACUCUCACAAUGGUGGGAAAUGCAGGACUUAUUACAUUAAUCAAAAUAGAUUCUAAACUCCACACACCUAUGUAUUUUUUUCUGACUAACUUGUCCUUCAACGACAUUUUCUAUUCGUCAACUAUCACUCCAAAGAUGUUAGUGGACUUAUUAUCUGAAAGAAAAGUCAUUUCUUUUACUGGAUGCUUUUUGCAGAUGUAUAUCUUUAUUGCUUUAGCAACCACUGAGUGUAUCCUUUUUGGAUUGAUGGCUUAUGACCGUUAUGUGGCCAUCUGUAAUCCACUGCUUUACUCAGUGAUCAUGUCAAGGACAGUCUGCCUGAAGAUGGCCAUGGGGGCUUUUACAGCAGGAUUCCUGAACUCAGUUAUUCAUACCAGUUACAUAAGUAGUUUGUCCUACUGUGGCUCCAAUGUCAUCCAUCACUUUUUCUGUGACAGUCCCCCAAUCCUCAAACUCUCUUGCUCUGACACUGAAAUGAAUGAAACUAUUAUUUUCAUUUGUGCUGGGAUAAACAUGUUGGGAACAUUUUUGAUCAUCCUUUCCUCUUAUGUCUAUAUCUUCUUUGCUAUUCAACGUUUACAUUCAGUUGAAGGGAAGCGCAAAGCUUUCUCAACCUGUGCUUCUCAUCUUACAGCCAUUGCUUUAUGUUAUGGAACUGGGUUUGUUACUUAUCUGUCUCCAAAUUCAAACUAUUCCCCAACUCAAGGAAAAGUUAUAUCUGUAUUCUACACAGUGGUUAUCCCAAUGUUGAACCCUUUAAUCUACAGCCUGAGAAAUGAAGAAGUGAAGAAGGCUUUAAAAAAUUCUAUCACUAAAAAAAGAAUCUGGAUACUUACAUGA